AUGCACGGAGGCAGUCCGCCUGGGGCAUCGUUGGGCCCGCCGCCUGGUGACUUCACCGUCGUCGGAGGCACGACCGCCCAGGAGCAACGCGACAACAUUUUCGACAACAAGAAGCCGUACGACUCCAAACAGUGGCGCCACAAGCAGCAGCACAACGACGACGACGACCGAAAGAUGGCGCGGGCGGGGGUCGGCGAGGGCGCGCCGCUCGUGACCAGAGCGCGCUUUCGCCACAGGGACCAGCGAGACGCGCUGUACGGCUACCGCGGACAGCGCGUGGGUGAGGCGAGCCACCCAGGGCCACCGCACAACGACGCUGCCCCAGCCACGCCGCCGGGCGGACGCUCGCAAGCGGACCUGCCCGAGCCAGCGGGCGAGGUUUCGGGCGAAUCCGCGCCCCGGCCGGCGGAAGCCGAGACUCCCCCUCGAGAGCUCUUCGGAUCGCCGGGCCGGUCUCUGUCGCCGCUGCCUGCCAGACAAAGCCACUUCAGCGCCGUGUUCGGACAGGCGCCUGCGGCCGAAUGGGACUUCUCUGGGCUGCUCGCGCCGCCGCGGGAGACAGCCGAACGCGCGGCGGCGGAGGAGCAGCAACAGCCGCAGCAACCACAGCAGGGGCCGGACCCCCAGGAGCCGGAGCAGCCAGAGGCCAGCGAGGUUUGCUACAUGUGCCAGGAGCCGCUCGACGACUCGAGGGCGCAAUGGCCCGACUGCGGCCACGUCCCGCACUGCUUCCACGCAGCCUGCCUGGCCCGGUUUCGCCCUCUCCGCCGCGGACUCGCACACCUGCGGAACUCGGGCGGCGAUUCCAGCCGGGUAGAGGACGCAGCGUGCCCGCUCUGCAACCGCAGGUGGGGCGACGGCCCGAACUCUGCCGCGCGGCUCGCGGAGCUGGCGGGCCACCUUGGGCGCGGCGGGGGGCUACCUUUCCGAGGGUGCCGCUGCCUGCCUUGCCGGGGAGUUGCAGGCGACCCGAGUUCCGACGAGGAGCGGGCCAACCGGUACCGAGGGGGGCCCCUCGUGCUGCCGGAGGGGCCGGCACCGCACGCGAUCGCCAUGUGCCCGCGCCACCCGGAGCGACCCUUGCGAUGGCGGCACUCGCGCGGGCCAGAUGGGCUGACGGGCAGCUGGGAAUGCGCCGCCUGCGAUGUCGCCCCGCUCGGUAGCGAGGUCCCGCCGCCGCUGGGCGAGAGGCCGCCGCAGUGCCCUUGCGGCCAGCCAGGGCAGGUCGAGUGGGUCGCCCGGGCCAGCGGGGACGCCGGAGGGCCUUGGAGGUGGCAGGGAAACUGGCUCUGCGAAAGCUGCGCCGCCACAGCGCUGCCCGAGCCAGAGGCCGCACAGCCGGAACGGCCGCCAGAGACAGGAGCAGGAGGCGGGAGCCCGGACCCACCGGCGGCGGACGGCCCACGAACCCAGUUCAGCGGCUGGUCGCCUCCACGACACGCUGCAGAGACCAGCCGCUACCUUAACUCCUGGAUGUACGUGCCACUCCUCCUGGACGCCGCGGGCCAGCUUGACGCGCAGGAAGCCGCCGCGUGGCGACAGCACCCUGCUGCAGCACACUGGUGGGAGAACGCCGCGGCGUUCCUCCGAGAGAGGCCGCGCGCCGACGUGUCCGCCUUCCGCGCGGCGGGCCCCCCGCUGCCGCCGGCUCUCGGAGACGGGCUGCACGGGUGCCAACUGGGGCUGCCAGCGGUGGUAGGGCUCCUUGCCGACGACAGAGGAUACAUGCAGCCGAUCGCCCAAGACAUCGUGAUGCAGAUCUUCGGGGGGGUGAACUUCAUCCGCGCUGUGGAGGUGCAGGCUGACGCCUACAGGGCAUGGCUUGCGCGCGGCGCCUCCGACAGCGCUGGCCCCGCGCCGCCUGCGCCAGCGGCGCCGCCUGCGCCAGCGGCGCCGCCUGCGCCAGCGCCGCCGCGCAGUGGCGGAGGCGGGCGACGAAACCGGCGCCUGGCGCAGUCUGCCUUCCCCGACGCCGCCUGGGCGCUUCUUGACGCAGUGGACUUGGAGGCCGAACUGCGCCGGCGGGUGCCGUGCAUCCGGGCGCCGCCGGCUUUCCUCCGCGGCCGCCUUCGCCAACUCUACCACACGGUCCUCGAGGAGGUCCUGCGCGCAGACGCCCUUCCUGGCGACGCCGACGGGCUGCAGAGGGUGAGGGAUUGGAAGCUCCUGGUUCUCAUCUGGCGCAUGCUGCUGCGACGGCGAGGCGAUGCGAGGCGCCAGCGCCUCCUGGAAGACGCGGUGGCGCUGGUCAGAGCAGGGGGCCUCAGCAAGGCGCGGCAGCUGCUCGCCUCGCGCGGGCUGGCGCCGGGCACGGCGGAGACUUUGGCAGAACUGCGGGACCCCGCCCGGCGACCGCCGAGGCCCGCCGCCGACUUGCCGCCUGCCGCCCGAGCCUUCCAGCCGGCUCGGCCCGUCGAGCUCGACCGCCGCAUCUGGACCGACUGCGCCCGCUCCGCCCCGAAAGGGUCUUCCAGCUCGCUGAGCGGAGCAAGCUUUGAAUUGCUCAAGCUGGCCUUGGACGAAGACGAGACGCUCGAGCUGCAAGCUGCCGUGGCGGAGCGCUACGCGCGGGCCGAGAUCCCAGCGAGCGUUGCCCGCGCCCCGGGCACAGGCCGCAUGGCGGCGCUGCUGAAGGCUUUCCACGUGGUCACCGCUGCCAUGCGCGAGUGGGCAGGGAUCGAGGCGAACCUCGGCCAGUGCCGCAUGUGGAACCGGGGCGGCUUCGAACCAGCAGGGCAUUUGUCGUUGGGUACAGACGUGUGGGUUGGCGGCGCCGGCACGCCUGAGGAGCACCGCGGCCUCAAGGUACUUGGCACGCCCCUGGGCACCGCGGCGUUCGCGGCCCGGCUGACGCAGCAGAGGACGGACGAGGAGCGCAGCUUCCUACAAGAACUCCCCAACCUGCCAGACCUUCAGUGCGCUUGGGCGCUCCUGCUGUACUGCGCGGCCCACGACCGCGGGCUGCAGGAGGCGCUGCACGACCUCCUCGACCUCGACCCCGCGCCAGCUGAAGCAGAGAGGCUCUCCCGAGUGAGCUCGCUGCCGCUCGGCCUCGGAGGCCUUGGACUCAGGUCAGCCGCGCGCACGGCCGAGUGCGCGUACUGGGCGUCUUGGGCGGACGCGCUCCCCAUGUUGCGACAAAGAAACCCUACAGCAGCAACGGAGCUCACCGCCACCCUCCUCGCCGGAACAGGCGCCACAGCCUCGUGCCUCCAGGAAGCUGAGCGCGCGAGGGCUGCCGCCGCCCGCGACGGCUUUGCGACGUGCCCAACUUGGCAGGAGGUCUGGGACGGCGUGCGCCCUGAACAGACAGAGCCAGAGCCGGGCGAGUGGAAGCACGGAUGGCAGCACCACGCCUCCGCAGCCCGAGAGCGGCGCUACAGGGAGGAGGUCGUUCUCCCGAGCCUCACAGACGACCAGCAGUGGAUGCUCGACUCGCAGGGAGGCCGCUGCGGCGGGCGGCACCUGGCCCUGAUCCCCUCGACGCCAGAAAGCACGUUCACGCCAGAGCGCUUCCGGGCACUGCUCCAGAGACGGCUGCGCUGGCCGCUGGACGCCACUGCAAGCAGGUGCAACGGGCGCUCCUGCCAGGCCCACUUGGACGAGAGAGGCGACCACAGAGCAGCUUGCCCCCGCAGCGGACGCCUGCUGAAGCGCGGCGCUCCCAUCGAGCGGGUGUGGGCCCGGGUGUGCCGGGAGGCAGGAGGCCGUGUCCGCACCGACGUGUUCCUGCGCGACAUGAACCUCCCGGGCAUUGCCGCCAACGACGGGCGCCGCAUCGAGGUGGUGGCCAACGGCCUCCCUGCCUACCACGGCAGGCAGCUCGCCAUCGACGCCUGCAUCGUAUACCAGCUGAGGGCCACCGGCAGGCCGAUUGCGCGGAGGCUCUGCCCAGGACUCGCGCUGAAACGGGCGAGGCGCCGCAAGCAAACGACUUACCCUGAGCUGGUGGGCUCGCGGCGGGGCUACCUGCUCGUAGCCGGAGCAGAGACGGGCGGCCGCUGGGACGAGGAGGCGUACAAGCUCCUCGUUACCCUGGCCCGCGCCCGGGCGAGGAGCGCGCCGGCGGCGCUGCGAGGAUCGCUUACGACCGCGCUGCUGCACAGGUGGAGCGGCAUGUUGGCGUACGCCAUCCACGACGCCCUGGCCGCGAGCCUGCUCGAGGACGUGCCCUCUGAAACGCUAGCGACAGACGGGGAGAAUCCCUGGCGAGGGGACGUUCUGUCG